UACGAUUCUUGAAACCUUUGAGCUUCCAUGGCGAUCGUACCACAAGGGAAUUGGUCUAUGUCUGGAAUUAUUUUAUCUCAUGAGUUCGACAACCAACAGCUCGUUCUCAGUUUCACAACUAACUGUUGACGGUUCGGAAGUACUUUGGAAUAUAAGUGGUGAUCACGGAUUGGAAUGGAAAGAAGGACGUAUACCACUUGAUGCGAUCAAAAAUCAGAAGAUACAAUUUGCUGUAGAAGGAGCACUGCACGGAACUACUUAUAUUGCACUUACUAAUGUCAGUAUUGAAACAAAAUUCUGUAGUCUGUAUCCAAAAUAUGCUAAACCAGGCUUUCGAUGCUCAAGCGACAAAUUCCAGUGUGACAAUAAUGAAUGCAUACAAAAAGAUAGACGGUGUGAUGGCGAUGAAGAUUGCAGCGAUCGCUCGGAUGAGGAACGGUGCAUCUGCCCUAGCAACAUGUUCCAGUGCUCUAGUGCAGAAUGUAUUUUCGCAGAGCAACUAUGCGACAAAAAAGACAACUGCAAAGAUAAAUUAGACGAAAGACAUUGUAGUGAACCAGAAUGCAGAGGCCAGUACCAAUGUGUUGGAGGGAAUUGCAUUGAUUGGUCAAGUACAUGCAAGAACAAAAGUGCUUGUCCUGACUUUACUAAUAACCCAGCUAUCUGUGGUGACUGUCCUUUAAACAAUCUUGGAUGUUCUCAAAACGAAAGCCGUAAAAACAUGGAGGAUGAAUUUGAGUGUAGGGAUUUUUCGUUUUGCUCCUUUGAAACGGGAUUUUGUGGUUUAAAACGUGACUUGAAUACAGAACUUAACUGGAUCAGAACGUCUGGAAUGACAAAUUCUGAUGGAACUGGCCCACGAUCUGACCAUACCAGAUGCAAUAGAAAUGACGGGAAUUAUAUUCAUGUUGAUGGAUCAAUAGGCAGAAAGAACUAUACAGCAAGAAUUGAAAGCGAAUGGAUAAGUACUAGAGAAAACCUUUGUUUGCAGUUUUGGUUUCAUAUGUGGGGUAAGGACAUCGGCUCAUUAAAGGUACUAAUGAAAACCAACCAAUCAGAAAAGGUAAUUUGGCAUAGCUAUGGCGACCAAGAUGAUCAAUGGAAAUUUGGACAGGUACCGUUAACAUCCGAUGGACGCAAUAGAUACAAGUUCGUCAUCGAAGCAGAAACUAUAGGCGGAGAUCAAGGCGAUAUUGCUGUUGACGAUGUCAAACUUGACGAGGGUUCGUGUCARAAAAUCAUUGAUUACGAUCAAUCUCAGCCUCAUUGCGGCAGUCGGGGUGUAAUUCACAAAUAUGAAGGACAAAAGAGCCCUUGGAAAUGCUUGCAAUUCACAUAUCUUCCACUUGAAGUCAGUCCGCAUCAAAGCUGUAAAAUUUUAGCAAGGUAUAAAAACGAAACAGUUUUUUCAGAUGCCACUAAAUUGGUAUGCGGGGGACAGAGAGAAGACUACGAUCAGUUACAGCUAUCCUUACCUGGUAAACAAGGAGGCAUAAUCAAAUGUUUUAGUGAUUAUUUAUCUUUCUCAAAACUAAAAUAUGUCCCCUACUUUACUGAAGACAAUUGUGUCUCCAAAAGAGAAGUUUCAGUCAGAUGUAACAGAAAAGUGGAUAUUGCAUUUUUAGUAGACACUUCAGGAAGCUUAAGCAAUUGCGAUUGGAGAAAAAUCAGGAAUUUCCUGUUUACAGUUAUCAAGGAAAUAACAGUUAGUGCCGAUGGGAACCAAGUGGCAGUCAUAUCCUUCAGUACAAAACCCGAAAUAAUUUUCAAGUUUAACACGUUGCAAGGGUCUAAUGUUACAGUUGAAGCAUACAGUCGAUUGAUAUAUAAUAUGCGCAUUACGCAAGGCCUUACGUAUAUUGAUAAAGCUUUGAUAUUAGCUAAUCAAGAAAUCUUUGUGCCUUCAGCAGGGAUGAGAUCUUCGCCUGAGAUUCUCAAGAUUGCCGUAGUGAUGACUGACGGAAUUCAAACAAGGCAUAUGGGCCCUUACGUUCAACUUCAUUUGGCAAGCAAACCUUUAUCGGAUCGAGUUGAUGUUUAUUGCCUUGGAAUCGGAAACUCAAUCGAUGUGUUAGGUCUAGUUCAUAUUGCAUCAACACCAGAUAAUCUGUAUUCGAUUGGUCAUUUAGAUAUGGAAGACGACAUCCGUGAAUUCGUGUGGAGUAAAAUAAUAUGUCGAACAGUUUUGCCCACAUAUCCACUCGACGUCUGGUAUUUAUGGGAUUCAUUAAAGGAGAGAAGUUCAAGCACCAAAUGGAUGGUGAAGUCGCUUAAAUAUGAUAAUGUUUCCCAGUACAAUUUUACUUCAGCGAAUUCAUUGGACUUUGAGUUGCAUCUUACACCUUCUUCAACGCCACUUAUCGACUUAGUUGCUGAAUACAUUCCUUCUGUAUUUACAAUGUGUCUAUGGACAAAACACGAUGGAGAAGAGAUAUAUGUAAAACUCCAGGAAAGGAAGUCUUCAGAUCGGUAUAUCAUGAUGAACAUCUCAAAGAUUGUCGCUAUUACUGUGAAACUAUCUUCCAAAAGCUCUUUUCUAAAACUCGACAUUAACAUGAUGACAACUUGGCAUUUUUAUUGCAUCGAGGUCAAUAUCAAAGAAAUUUCCUUCUAUUUUGAUGGAAAGAUUGCUAUUCGCCAGCAGAAAUUCAAGGGUAGUUAUAGAGAUGAAGGAAGAUUACAAGUUGGAUAUGUGAAUCAAAAGAAUGCUGAUACUGCUCCUGUUUUAGCAUAUUUGAAUAUAUGGAAGUCUGCAUUGGGUGAUCAUAUCUUAGCAAGAAUGGCAUUUGGUUGUGGUGAAGCUCAUAUUAACAAUUCUGUUAUUGUUUCUUGGCAAUUGUUUAGUGGUCUAAAAGAGAAAAAUGUAAGAAGGAAAUCACCAGCGUCUUGUAAAGUACGAAAAGAUAAAGCGAUGUUACUUGAAGGAAGAUCAGAGAGCAUUUUGAUUGGUCCAGUAAUGUCUAAGACUUCAAAAUAUGCUAGUCUGUGCUUUUAUUUCACAUAUAUGAUGCUUGGAGAGAGUAAAAAGGCUUUAGAAGUGGAAGUUAUCAAUAAAGAGGAUAUGAAGUCAAUGAUAAAUCCUAUUUGGUAUGCCAGAGAUUAUGCUAAUGGUGAAUGGCAUUUAGGAAGUGUGCCUAUUAGAUCAACAAUGUCUUAUCAGAUCAGCAUACGAGGAAACAUUGCAAGCACAUCAGGUGCUAUUCUCCUUGGCUAUGCUUACCAAAGCAAUCAACCAUGUGGUCAGGAACGACUCGACCAUGUUUGCAGCAAAAAUAUUACUUCAGGGCCUGGUGUCAUCGCUUCUCCGUACUAUCCAACUUACUUUCCUCCUAAUAUACAUUGCACGUGGCACAUCACAGCACCAGAAACUCACGUGGUUCAAUUAGCCUUCAAUUAUUUUUUCGUUGGUUUUUACGAAAAAACAACCAGCUCUCUUGAAGYUUAUGAUGGAGACCCAAGAGAGGGAAAAUUGCUGGGAAGUUUUUGCGAUUACAAAACCCCAAAAUUUCUCCGAUCUCUGUCCAAUUCUAUGACUAUUAUAUUUGAUUCUGGUUUCAUAAGUCUAGCAAGAGGUUUCAAUAUUUCUUACAGAUUUAUCGAAGUUUCCAAGUAUGCCAAAUCAUGUGCAAAGAAAUCCAGAGGUUGUCCUGAAAGCUGCAAUUGUCGAUGGUAUCUAAGUGGAGAUGUCAAAAGAAUUGCGGUAAAAUGUAAAUCCUUGACCGACCUUCCAAGCAAGAUUCCAUACGAAACUUCUGCUUUAAUGCUACAAGAGAAUCAAAUCAAUACGAUUCCAAAUCAUGCCUUUGCAAAUUUGCCCAAUCUUCUAUACGUAGACAUUUCAAACAACCGCAUCUUUCGCAUCAAACCAGAGGCAUUUAACAAUGGAACAUCUAUAGAAGUUAUACGUCUUAAUAUGAACUUUCUAAUGGAAAUACCACAGAAGACGUUCCGUCCAUUGGAACACCUCAAAACGCUUGACUUGGGAAGAAACCUUAUUAAAGAUCUAACGAAAAAUACGUUUUCUGGCUUGUCUGAAUUAAGUGUUUUAAGUCUUCGAUUGAACCGCAUUGUGAGGCUUUCACAAGAUAUUUUUAAUCCAAUAACGAAUUUGACGCAUCUAUAUCUUCAAGAUAAUAAUAUCUCUUCACUGCCUGAUGGAGUGUUUCAGCAUCUCUCAAAGCUUAUAUUCCUAAACCUUAAGGACAACAGCCUUAAACACUUAAGUAGAAAUACCUUUAGGGGUCUUCUAUCUUUGAUGCAUUUAAACCUUCAAGGAAACAAAUUAUCCACGAUAUCGCAAUCCCUUUUUGAUGAUCUUAAACGUUUGAAAACGUUAAAAGUAGACAAAUUCAUUCACUGCUGCUAUGCUGAAAAAGCCAUUACUGGUGUGAAGUGUGAGUCGUUGGAAUCCAAUGAAUUCUCUAGCUGUGAUGACUUAAUGAAGAACACUGCUCUAAGAAUAUUCCUCUGGAUUCUUGGCUUAAGUGCACUGGUUGGCAACUUACUAGUCAUUUGCAAAAGGAUUUCCGGCAAAGAAAUGAGACAGAACACUAACUCUCUGUUGCUGACAAACCUUGCAAUUACAGAUUUCUUAAUGGGAGUUUACCUGAUUACCAUCGCAUCAUUUGACAUUAAAUGGAAAGGAGAGUACUUCAAACAUGAUGUAGAUUGGCGAUCAGGAGUUGGGUGUCGCAUAACGGGAAUGAUAUCGAUGCUUUCAAGCGUGGUGUCUGUAGCUUUUCUGGCGAUUGUAACGUAUGACCGACUUAUCUGCGUUGUUUUCCCAUUCACCGUCAAAAAGCUCAGCUGGAGAAAAGCUUUGUGUAUCUGUGGCUGUGUGUGGAUUGUUGGUCUGGUGACUUCAAUCAUCCCGAUCUUUGAUUUUGAUUAUUUCCUAAACGACGAAGACGAUUUCGUCGGUUUUUACGGACGAGCAUCAGUAUGUUUGCCUUUACAGCUAUCAUCAAACCUUCAAGCAGGAUGGGAAUACUCAGUGGCGCUCUUCCUUGCAUUUCCAUUCAUUGCCUUUAUGUUUAUGCUAAUUGCUUAUAUUGCAAUCUUAAGGACAGUACAGAGGUCAGCAAAUGCAGUUCGCGGAUCAACGUCUCUGAAGAGAGAAUCAUCGCUUGCAAAGAGAGUUGUAUUCAUCAUCCUUACUGACUUUCUUUGCUGGAUGCCUGUUAUUAUCAUCAGUUUUCUUUCUAUUACCGGCAUCUACAGCGACCCAUCUAAACAAAUGUACGUAUGGAUUGCAAUAUUUGUUUUGCCAAUCAACUCGUCCAUCAAUCCUUUCCUUUACACCUUCACAACUGUCAAAACUGUUAAAAGUAAAGGACAAGAUCCAGGAGGCAACAUGAGAGAUAAUUUACCAGCUAAACCAUUACGCUUGAAGAAAUUGCUUGAGAAUAUAGAUGUUGACGGAGAGAAGAAAGCGUCCAAGAUUUGCUACACAAUAAAGCUUCUAGAAAAAGUUGACAUAAAAAAAUAUUUCGAAGGAGAGGGCCUUUUCUUGGCUAAAGCAAAGUCACAUGGCUAUGAAGAACUCUCCCUUAUCAAGUACUUCAAUCAAGGCAAAUUGGAUGCUUUUAAGAAAGAGGUUGAUAUUCUAUCUGAGCUUAAAGAACACAAACAUGAAAACAUCAUCGAAUAUCGAUGGAGCUGUCUGGCCAAUGAACACCUCACAGAUGGAAAACCAUUCAAUAUAAAAGAAAUCGAGAGUGCGUCUUUAAUUUGCUACGAAUACGUGCCAAACAAAGUCCUUGAGAAUUUCCUUCAAGACGAAGAUGAAUUUUCAUCCAGUAUCUUGUGUUCUCUGUCCCUUAACAUCAUCUCUGCCAUAGAAUUUCUACAGGAUUGUGGCUUCAGUAACAAUAGUAUCAAUGCUCGAUCGAUCAUUGUCCGUGAAGGAGAAUCUAAGAAUGCCGUCCCUGUAAGAGCUGUAUUGGUUGAUUUCUCUAGAGCCAAUAAACUGCGCGUCUAUGACGAUGGAUAUUACGCCAAAACGGACAUCAUACAGUUCGGUCGUCUCCUUAAAAUAUUCCUGAAGGCCUGUAACGAUUUGGCACUGUUUAGACAGGUAGACGAGGUCCUUUCACUCUGUGAUAAAGAAAGAACAAGCACUACAACGACUUUGAUCAAAAACCUUUUGAUGGAGAUGCUAUUAGAAACAGCAGAAACAACUGCUAUUUGAGGUUGAAACACGAAAUAUUUGUAUAAACAGAAUUCCUAAGAGUUUAGAACAAUUAACAUUUAAUAUGCCUUUUUGGACUGCAAGUCUUAUCUGAACAAAACCAAAGUGUUCAUGAGUAUAUUAUCUUGUAAUAAUGUCAAACGAUUAUUCAUCUAUAAGAAAUUUAAAUCCGAGAGGAAUAAAGUUAAACAUAAAACAUAAAAUUACGUUAAAAUUAAGUUAAAAUUCAAACUUUGAUCUUCUUAGCAUGUAUGUUUGUCAAGUGAUGCGGCGUGGCUUGCUCCGAGAGAUCAGUCUAGCUAUUUUAUAAGUAAUCUAAACAAUGUAUAAAUGUUCCUCAAUUAAACGAAUGAAUUUUAAGAGCAAAUAAAUUGGAAUGAAGAGUUAUAUAUAUUUUUUAAA